UGCUGAAAUGCUAAUUGGAAGCUAAGUGGCUACUUUCUGCACCGUUCCUUGCCUCCUGUUGUUACCGGCGGACAAGCUGGCCUGAAAUACCAUUAAACCGUUUUAAGAAACCGUUAACAUUCUUCAGAGCAUCUCGGUGUCCGGUGUCGGGCCGUAGCUAUGGCUCUGCAAGGCCCGGAGGAGCUGGGGGAGCCGGUCGAAGAGCCGGAGGAUCUGGACGACCAGGACGCUAGCAGCAUCUCCCCGGCCGAGGAGAUAACGCUACCCCCCGGGCCUGGAGGCGACGAGGAGACGGAGGAGGCUCUUCUGCUGCCCUGGGACCGUUUCUCCGCCUGGCUGCACUGCAUUUGUGUGGUCGGCUUCGACCUGGAGCUCGGACAGGCGGUGGAGGUCAUUUAUCCUCAUCAUUCCAAACUGUCGGAGAAAGAGAAAACAAGCAUCUGCUACCUUUCAUUCCCUGACUCCAACUCAGGUUGCCUUGGUGACACACAGUUCUGCUUCCGGUUCCGGCAGGGUUCCAACAGGAAGACAUCACUUGGCUGCUUCUUGGAAACCACUGACAGAGACGCGCCACCUUGUCUGAAGAGGGAGCAGGGCCAUUACUACGGUUAUGUGUACUUCCGUCAGGUGCGAGACAAAUCUUUGAAGAGAGGAUACUUCCAGAAGUCUCUCGUCUUGAUCAGUCAGCUGCCCUAUGUGACCUUCUUCCACUCGCUGCUGAAGAUUAUGGCUCCUGAAUACUUUGAGAAACAGGAGCCCUGCCUGGAGGCUGCUUGUAAUGACAUCGAUCGCUGGCCAACGCCUCAUCCUGGACGAAUCCUGACGCUGCCUAUCAUGGGUGUAGUCCUCAAGGUUCGCAUCCCAACCUCUUAUGAUAAACCAGGAACAUCACAGCUGGUCCAAUCCGCCCAGAGUGAUAGCAUGGUGUCCAUUGUGCUCCCAACAAUUCAUGAAGUGGACCUCUUCAGGUGUUUCUAUCCAGUCUUCUUCCAUCUCCAGAUGCUUUGGGAGUUGGUGUUGCUGGGGGAGGCACUUGUUGUCAUGGCGCCAUCACCAGCCGAGUCAUCUGAUACUGUGCUAGCUUUGGUCAGCUGCAUUGCUCCUCUGCGAUACUGCAGUGAUUUCCGGCCGUACUUCACCAUUCAUGACAGUGAGUUUAAGGAGUACACCACCAGGACGCAGGCUCCGCCGUCAGUCAUUCUAGGAGUGACCAAUCCUUUUUUUGCAAAAACUCUGCAGCACUGGCCGCACAUCAUCCGCAUCGGAGACAUGAAACAAGCAGGAGAGAUGGCCAAGCAGAUGAAAGUCAAGAAACUGAAAAACCUCAAAACUCUGGACUCUAAACCCGGUGUGUACACUGCAUAUAAACCGUAUCUCAACAAAGAUGAAGAAAUCAUCAAACAGCUUCAGAAGGGUGUUCAACAGAAGAGACCCUCUGCAGCCCAAAAUGCAAUUCUUCGGCGCUACUUCUUAGAACUGACACAAAGCUUCAUCAUUCCACUGGAGCGGUACGUGGCCAGUCUGAUGCCUCUCCAAAAGUCCAUCAGUCCCUGGAAGAGUCCUCCUCAGCUACGACCGUUCAUACAGCAGGACUUCAUGAAGACACUGGAGAAAGCUGGACCUCAGCUUACGUCCAGACUGAAAGGAGACUGGAUAGGACUCUACAGGCAUUUCCUUAAGUCUCCCAACUUUGACGGCUGGUUCCGCAACAGGAGGAAAGAGAUGACGCAGAAACUGGAAGCCCUGCACCUCGAGGCGCUGUGUGAGGAGGAUCUCCAGAAGAGAAUCCAGAAGCACACAGAGGUGGAGACAGUCGAUCUGGUCCUGAAGCUGAAAGACAAACUGACUCAGGCGGAGAGGGAGAAGUUACCAGUGCGUCCCGGAACCUUGGAGAAGCUGAGAGCCCAUAUCGAGGGUGUCAUCCUGACCUUACCAGAGGACCUGCAGGGCAUCCUUCACAAGCCCACCACGCUCUGACCUCUAACCCUGCAGCCUGCAACACUAACCCCCAGUUAAAGCUUGUUUUAAAGUUUUGGGUGGGGGGGCUUAGUGGCUCUCCUCCCAGUCGGUUUCCAAGGUGAGGGUGACGUGGACCCUCUUUUACUUGGACCGGGUGCCAUUUUAAAUCUGCUCGGGUCUAAGAUGGAAAGCACAUACUUGGAUGCCAGCUCACAAUGAGUCAGACUAAACAGCAUGUCAUUGAUCAUGUGGGGUUUUUUUUGUUUUGUUUUGUUUUUAAGAUGACCAGUCGAACCAGGAUCGACCAGGAAGUGUUUAGAAACUGCUACUUUUUUUUUCCUUUUUUUUAAAUCACUGCUGCAUUACUACAUGAAGAAAGCCUGGAGGGCUCGAUCCUGAUAGCAUUUACUGAACAGUCUGAGGCUGCGUGCGCAAGUAACAAGAAGAUGACUUUUACUGACCUUUGACCCUGGACGUUUUUACCUCCUUAACAUUUUUUUGUUUGUUUGGGGUUUUUUUAAACUUUGAUGGUCGGUCGCUGCAGUCUAACUGAACAAAAUCUGGAAAUGUAAAAAGUUUCCCAAAGAAGUGCACUUCAUCCAUAACAGGACCAGUGUGCCCUUCUCACACCACACACCUUUAUGCAAACAAGCUGAGCCAAGCAGUGCUUUAUAAUGUGAUGUUACUAAAACACACACACACACAGCACUAACCACCAGCGACCCCUGCAAUAACUCUCUGCAGGACCCGUUCAUCUUCUUUUAUCCAUGUCACAUGAUUGUUACAUGACCUAUCAAAAUGAAAUUCAGAAUGGUCUUUAUAUUUGUUUGUUUUUUUGUUUUUGUUUGCUUUCUUUUGUUUUUUUAACAUCUGAAGUUUUGUGUCACUCUUGUGUAAAAUCAUGUAGAAUCUCCUCUGGCAGGUGAAGAACAAAUGACAGGAUCUUUGACCUGCUCAAGUUUGAACUUUAGAAGCCCGUAUCCACCAAGAAAGAAAAGUAGAUCAUUUGGAAAAUACUUGCAGAAAUGCAAAUUUAUAAGAUAUCUGUUUGGGGGGUUUUUCAAAUGAAAAGGGAAAAAAAAGUUUUUCAUUUGAAUGAAUGAGAGGACACCAAAAAAUAUGAGCUAGAUCCCAAAGUUUGAUUUCUAGAGAUAAUUAUUGUUUUAUGAUAAUCGGUAAUAAUGAGAGAUUAACUUUCUGAAAUACUGUGUGUUGUUUGUGAACUUUCUUCUUUUCUCCUGAUUAGUUUCUGUGUCACUGUCAUCAGGUUAUUCCUGUAUCCUAUUGACUUCGAUUUUAAAGGGUUCACAAAAUUGUUCUUAGAAGUUAUUUGGCCAUUUUAGCAAUUUUAAACUUGAAGUAUAUUCUAAUUUCUUAUAUUUAACUCUUUAAAAAAAUUUAAAUGGUGGAAUGGACUUUUAUUGUGAAAAACUGAAGCUUGAACCUUCCUUUAUUUCUGGAAAGUUUUUCACUGGGUCAUAAAAGUGGGGGAUCACGGCAGUAGUUGGCGCCACAUGUUUGAUUUGGCAUUUUUAAAGCUGUUUACUCUUUCCAGCGGAAUUCUUAAACGUUUGUUUCUCAUCACAGGAUCAAACUGCGUAUCGGUUUCCGCUCAAGAUUGUUCAUAGAAAAAUAAACUUUUUAAAAGCCAAAACAACUCUUUUAAGCAAUUAUUUUAAUGCACUUUCAAGUCCUUGCUAUGAACUGAAAUAAACUGUCAGUUGUUUUGAUUUUAAAAAGGUUUAUUUUCUAUAUUUAGUUUAAUUUUUUCCUGAAAAUUAUCAUCAACUUGUACAAAGAUAAAUAGAAGCUGUUCUGUCUUAUUCACCUGACAAAAACAUUUUUGAUUGUAGAGCAGUUUGGAUGACACAAAGUCUGAGACUCAGUCAGUAAGGGUGGAGUGCCCCAUGUGGAUUGGGAAUAAGUUGCUACCUGAAUUGGAGGGUUUUUGUGUGUUCUUGUUCAGGAGUGAGGUUGAAGUGGAGCGGGAGCUGGGCAGACAGAUUUGUGUGGAGUCAGCUGUGGUACUGAGUGUUAAACUGAAGCUGCUUAUCUACAUUUCUACCCUCACUGUUGUGAGUACUGAGUGAUGGCUGCAGAUGCAAGCUGUGAGCUUCCUCUGAAGUUUGCUAUAGGGUGUGGAGCUUGGUCAGAGUAGAGCAGCUCUUCUCUACAUGGAAAGGAGGCAGUUGUGGUGGUUCAUCAGCGUAAGAUGCCUCCAGAGCACCUCCUAGAUGAGGCGUCUUUGGCAUGUCCUACUGGAAGGAGGUCUCAGUGCAAACCAGGACACGCUGGAGAGAUUGUCUCUCAGCUGGCUUGUGAACACUUGGGUGUCUCCCCAGAAGAGCUGGUGACAGUGAGUUUUAGAUUACUCUGCUGAGGCUGCUGGCCCUGUGAACUGGUUCCAAAAAAGAGGCAGAAAAUGGAUAGAUGGAUUGGGGGGGGGGGGCUUUCAAAAAUGGCACUGCUGUGCUUUAAAAUGUGUUCAUUCUAAUGACUAACAAACAAUGAACUUUGUAUGUAUAAUAGUGGUCACGGUUGCUCAGGAUAAUACACAGAUGCUGAUUCUUCACAUUAUAUUUAAUUUUAGGAGAUUUAAAUUCUUGUGAGACUUUGUUUGUUUGCUUGUUUUGCCUCAAACCUUUCAAAAUGAACUAAAGCUAUCGAACACAUUGCGAACAAAAAAUACUUUGACUAAAGAGAUCUCAACUGGCUGCCCUUUAUGUAAUACCACUUUGUAUCACAAGAUGGUGCAGUGAGUCAGUGUAACCUUUAGUUAACCUGGCAGAUUAUUUAGAGCCCAUAUUUACAAAAUGAAAAGCUUUGUGCAGAAAUCGGUAUGAAGCUAAAAAUUAAUAUUAAAAGUCAAGCUGCAACAACAGCUCCUUCAUAGCACACAAUGAUUAAACUUGAAAAUCAGGAAAGCCAGCUAAAUGUUGCAUUUUAUGAUUGCAUCACUAUGAUCUGUGAAAUUUCAAAGAUUUCUGUACAUUUUCUAAAGCGUAGAAGCAAUAAUGGUUUAACAACUUGGCAGUUUGUAUUUUCAGAAAAAAAAUUAAUACUCCUCGUUCUCAUUUUUCUGAAAGAGAUUACACACGUCGGCACAUACAGUUGUUUUAUGUUUGCUUUGCACAUCAUCGGAACAUUGAAUGGACUUGCAAGCUUGUGGAUUUGUUUUCCUGCCAUCAUGUAACAGCUGUUUUAUAAAUGCUUUGGAUUUUGCCUUUUUUAUUACGCAGACAACUGUAAAGACAAAAAAAAUGUACUGGUUGGAUAAACCUGUGACAUCUGGUUGUUGGGCAACCAUGCAAAUUUUAUAUUUGUAUUAAAAAAAAAAAGUAAUAUUUUACAACUUUUAAUUUUUUAAUGGAGGGCUAUUCUUAUUCCACAGUGUAGCAGCUGAGGAGGGUUUUUUUGUACAUAAAGCUGUAAAGUAAAAUGUUCGCCCACAUAUGAGGAUGUAUGAUAAUUAUUUUGCUAUUCAAACAGAUGUCUUUGCUAAUUAUUAACUAUAGUAAAGCCACUGCAGCGAUGAAUAGCUUUUACGAGAAUAUUUACACUGCUCUGGAGGCACAGGGGCAUCUUGAAUUUGUAGAUUUUUCUCCAAAAGAAACAAGUCUCUUACCAGCAGAGGUGUGAUAAGAGACUGGAACAUCAGGAAGGUUCAAAUCAUGCCAUCAAAAAACCCAAAUUAUGUACAAAUGAGGAGAUGAAAUCUAACAGUAUUUAAUAUUUUAUGAAAAAGUAGCAAUAAUUACGUUUUAAGUUAUUCUGUAAAUUUGCAAAAAUUAUAAGAAAGAAGUUGAAUAAAAUCAAAAUAGUGCAGUGAGAUGCUGAACUACAAACGGUUACACCAUUAUUUACAAUAUUAUCAUUUAGCAUUAUUAACAUGAUAUUUAAUUUUUAAACAUCGUGUUUAUCGUCGGUACUUCAGUCUCGUGUAGGGUGAUCAGAUCCCAGUAAAUUACGUUAAGAUAAAAUGUUUAGUUUUAGGUCACAUGUUUGACUUUGAUCAUGCGACAUGUCAUUUGAAUGCAUUUUCCCGGACUUUGAGAAGCAUAAAUUGAAGCUGAUGUUUAUUUCUGUGGUCCUGUCUCGUGUUUCCUUAUUCUUGUGUUAAAACUGCUGUUCUGUCUGAUAAUUUUCUUUUGAUUUCAUUCUAGGACCUCAGAUCAGCAGAAAGGUUUUUAGACACGUUUCCUCUGAAACACGUGCUUACUUUAGUAAACCUUAACAAACUAUGUGGAGACUGUCUCAAAAUGUGGAAGAAGGGAGAUGAAAUUUAAAUGACCUGGUCACCCUAUUCUUAAGAUACUCCUAGAUAUAAUCUGCUUUUUUUUUUUUUUUACAGCAGGUCUAAAUCUGCUGCUUCUCUCUGUAUGAGGUAAAUGCGAGUUCCUGACAGACAGAUGGUUAAAAUAAAAAUCUGUUUAUGGCACAUAAUUCUGGUUUGAUGGAGGAUGGAUGUCUCAAAUACCUGGUUAAGGUUAGAUUUAAGCUUAUGUUUUAAAUACUGUCUUAUGCAGCUGUGGCACACAUUUAGAAAUUAGAUUUAAAAGUCCCCUUCAGAGGCAUUUUCCCCUCAUAUUAAUAUAAAGUGUGGAGAAUAAUGAGACUACAAAUUCAAAAUGUCUCAAAGCCCUUGUUUUUAAUAUGCAUUUUUGCUCCAUUGACUUUUUAUUUUAUGUUUUUAAACUGAAGCCAUAACCACUACGCUCGACCACUCUGACAGCCUGAAGGACUACAGCUGUGGUGAUGAGACUCAUUAUGAUGAAAGUCAUGCUGACCUGCUUUUUUAAUAUAAGCAAAUGAUUAUUGAACUUGUUUGAGUGGCCUUCCUGCUGUGCAUCUUUCACAACAUUGUUUUUGCUUCUGAAACAGUAUUACAGUGAAACAAAAUUCAUCCAGCAGCUGUUUUUGAAGGUUGAUGCAGAUGACCGACGGCUGCUGCUAAAACUCAUGCAGCACGUCGCAGUUUGAUUAAAUGUUUGAAAAGGCUGCUGUUUGGAUGAGGUCAGAGGAUUUUUCAUACUACAUGUCUCAUUCAGUGGGGACACUGACGUUAACUGGUGUGUUUUGUUUUAUGUCAUUAAACUGACUUCUUAAAAUGUAAAGAAUCUCUUGCUUGUUUUCUGAGGAGCUUCUAUCAAAGAUCCUCCAGUGCUGUAGGAGGGCAAGGAUUUCUUUAGAGUCACGUUUUAGUCUUUAAUGAUCCAUAGGGGCCCAACACAGAUUCAGAUGAGUAAGAUCUGCCUUGUACUAAAGGGUUAAUUGUUGCUGGAGAGUUUUAUUUUAGUCUAUUUUCACUAAAUCCACUUAAGUAGCUUUGUUAGCUUGUCCUAAUCAAACUGCAACAAAAAACCCUGCUUCAUAUUAAAACAGUCUUCCUGCCAUCUGCUGAUUACGAUCUGGAUUACGUGAUCAGUAGAAGGCCAAAAAAGGACUACCAAAACUGGAUCAUUUUUUUAGAUUACACCUUCUGAACAACUGAACCCUGGGUGUAAACCCCCCUGCUGGCUCGGGUCUUUCUCUGAGGACUUUGUACUCUCUAAAUACUCUGACUACUUCCACCCAUACGUCAAAGGCAUGCUUAUUAAACUUAAUCAGUUCUUCUGGGUGUAAAUAUAUGUUCGCCCUAUCCAGAAUGUUUCCCAUCACUCACUGGGAUGGGUUUCAGAUCCAAAUUUGUUUUUCCACUAAAAAUAUUAAUACAAC